AUGUUCUCUGCGAUGGCUGCCGCGCAGAAGACGCGGAAGAGGUGAUCUACGAUCUGCAUAUGGGGACGUGAUAAAGUCGUACAGCCCGCAGCGCCUGCGGUUUACUGCGUCGUCAAGAACUUGCGGGUCACUCCCGAUUAUUCUGUUCAGCGCACUUUGAAGUUUAGCGCGAUUCUUCGCGAGGCUCGGGCACGACCUCAUUCGGAGCUUGUCGCCUGCAAAAAUGACGGCCCCGGCGAAACCUUGGGAAACAUGCCCUACAGGUCGCCCGCCUAUACCAACCGCCGGGCAUGUAAACAAUUCUUCAUGGGACGACAACCUUGCAAGUAGCAGUGGUCUGCCAAAUGGACUCGUGGGUCAGCCCCAUGCAACCCACCAGCCCCCAGCUGUACCUCCAAGGCCGAGCCAACAGCCUACCAUGGGUUAUGGCUACGGCUAUGGAUCGUCAAUCUCCCCAUAUUACCCUCGAUAUGGCUAUGGAGCUGGUGCCUAUGGAUACGGUAGCAGCCUAUAUGGGACCGGCGGCCUGUAUGGGACCAGCGGCCUGUAUGGCACCGGCGGCUUGUAUGGGACAGGUGGAAUGUAUGGAGCGGGUGGUUCUUACGGUUCGGGACCCUUGCAACAGUUGGCUGACGAAAGCACCCGAGGCGCAUUUCACUCAGUUGAGGCAGUGGUCCAGGCAUUUGCCUCAGUGAGCAUGCUGCUGGAGUCGACGUACCAGGCUCUGUACAGCUCGUUCCGCGCUGUGGUUGGCGUCGCGGAUCAGUUUGGGCGACUGAAGCUGCACCUGGCACAAACGCUGUCGGCGCUGGCCCUGGUGCGCUCUCUUCGAUGGCUCUUUCUGCGGGCAUGGUACAUGCUGCGAGGCCGCAGUGGUGUGACUGAGGCUGCCUGGAGCCAAGCAACCAGGGCAGGGCCAGCAGUACCCUCUGCAGGCCCACCUCGACCGGACGGCUCUUCCUGGCCUCUUGUGGCUUUCUUUGGCUUUGUUGUAGGUGCACCCUGGCUCUUGUGGAGGAUCUUCAGUGCAGCUGCCCAUAGGGAGGCACGGUGGGCAUCGGGGGAGGAAGAACACCACGUGGCCGUUGCACUGUACGACUUCCAGCCCGAGGCACUUAGUGAGAUUGCAAUGAAGGCCGGCCAAGAGCUGCGCCUUGCACCAAAAGAGCUGCAGCCUAAAGUGCGCGGUUGGCUGCUGGCCAGCUUGGACGACGGUCGCCAAGUGGGACUGGUGCCGGCAAACUACGUCAAGGUGCUCGGAGUGAGGCAACCCAACAAGGGUGCAACGGCGGAAGCCGCACCGGCACCACCCUGACUCCCUGCUUAGCCUUAUUGUAUUUGUACAUAGUGCGUGGAUGCUGUAACAUUAAAGGGGUACUGACAUGAAAA